AACGACAGUGGAAACAUCACGGUAGAGAUUGAGAUAAUAUUUGGCCAGGAUGUGAGCAUGUCUGCCUUUAUUCGGUUGCAUGAGGCUAUGUACAGUGAUGGAACUCUGGGAAACAUAACAAUUUAUCCCAUCUCAGAUAAUAGUAAGCGUUUGAUAUUACUACUAUUAUAUCGUUUGGUGUCAAAAUUUUACGAGGAGGAAGUCUAUCAGAUAUUGAUGUUACAGGCAGACAGUACAACGAGAGAAGGCAGAAUGGCUUCUAGUUUAACAUUAGUCGAUUUAAGCUUUGAACAUAAUUUGAGACAAUCACUUGUUAAUUUCGUUCCUACGCAGUUCCUGGAAAGCCACCCUCAGACUUGUCAGUUGACGUUAUCAGUCCAACAAUUGUUUUGGUUCGCUGGAAUAAUUCGUCACCGACAUAUUACGAAUCGUCAUUAUCAACUACAGCCGUGCGUAUUUUUUAUAAACUACAAGCGAACUGGACGGAUAUGAAUGUUAGAGAUGCAAAUUUUACUACAGGAUAUUUCGUGUUGGAUAAUCAAGAAACAUUCUCAUGGUACAAUCUCUACGUAAGAGCUGUUACCUUUAGGGGACUCGGGGUGAAAAGUGAGCUUUUUGUUGUGAGAACUUUGGAGGAAGGUGAGUGACAUAACGUUUGAUUUGGUUAAUAAAUUUGGCGUUUGCAGAGUAGCAUUUCAGUUACGCACGUCUUUUUAAUGCAUAUUUUCUUUAAUUUAUAUUACACCAUUUUCAGUUGUACCUGUUGACGCUACACUUUUAUUACUUGAUGAACAAUGGACAGACGACCUUGAAAAUACAACUUCUAAUACCUUCCUUAUUCUGUCUGGAAAGUUAAAGAGUAAAGUAAGUAUUUAGUAUUAACUCAAUGAUUUUUCAAUCACAAAACAGCGUUGUAUUAGGAUAUCAGCAAGUCACAAGCGUGAGACAAUCAAAAACUCUGAGUCCCCGACAGGAUUCGAACCUAUGACCUCUCAAACACUGGGUGGACGCUCCAUCCACUUGAGCUACGGAGAACUCUUGGAGAGCAAAGCCAUAUAGUAGGUUGAUACAGAAACUCGUAACGGAUUGAAACAUGUAACUCUUAGUGUUUGCUUUGUCCGAUGCUCGUGAUUAUUCGUUUUCGAAAGUACCAUAUUUGGAACGAGAAGAAAAGAUAACCGACCACUCAAAUUUCUUACACGACGUGACGUAAUUUUACUUCACGUUCCCGAGCCCGUUUAAAAAAAUAGCCCGCAAACUGGGGUAAAACUCCCAAAAGCUGAGUAAACUUUGAAUGUUGAAAUCAGGAAGAUUACCGAAACACCGAGCAGGAAAUUGGCUUCCCCCCCAGACCAAACGCAACAUUAUGAACCCAACUAACGAGCGCGACUUCUUGAAGUUGUCACUUCAAAGAAAGAUUCAUACCUCGGUGACCCUGCGCAGUAAACUUAAUACUGCAAAUAGGCUUUUAAAAUUCUCAUAUUAAAAGUCUAGAAUAAGCAGUAAAACACAUGUUGGAAUAAAAUUCAUUAGCUGCGUAUCGAAAAGUGUCCAAAAACUGAACCUGAAACUGAAAAAUUGUGUAAAAUUGGUCGACAUCUUAUCUUCGCAAAAAUGAUGCGUGUAAUGUAAGAAGCUUGAUGCUGUAGUAUCACAAACGUGUUUUGAGCUAAUUUUAAGCAGGAACAGACUAAAAACAAUAGACGGAGAAGCCGUUUCUUAAAAAUUUUUAUUCAAAAUCCGAAAAGUUAAUCCUCUGGAGCAAUUCGCGUAACACUAUCUGGAUCGUGGAUCCGUUCACGCAAGUAAAAUCGGCUGAUGAGCACAUGGUAAAAUUCAAAUCGGAGCGCAUUUUGUAAUCUUUCUUUAGCGCCGAAGAAAAAAAAAUGUUUUAAAUGUCCAUGAAACUAUAUACAUACAUAAAUUCCCUUUCGAAAACGUAAUUUUCUUGGCCAUAGGGUGGAAAAUGUACCUGAAAAUCAGGGAAUUCAGCAAAAACUUCGCUGCCUUGGUUGCACGUAAAACAGACCAUGUGCUCCGCCGUGAAGAAAACAAGGUUCUUUCAUUCUUUCACCACAGAGUUAAUGCUUUAACAGAGUUAACCGCUCUGACCAGCAUUAUUUUUCCUAGGUGGUAGAGCUAUACAUAAACAAUACUCAUCUACGCAAAGUUAUCGUCCAUCAGUUCAGGUAAAACUUCUGUAUAAUUAAACAAGUUCAUAAAAUAUUUGCGUCACAGGUCGUUCGUUCAUAACUUUGAACUGUUUCUAAAUUUUCCAAACACUGAGUCUGAUAUUGGAUACAAAGCCGUGAAUGCUUACAUAUUUUUACGGAAGGAGCACCUGGCUAGCCAAGCCCAAGAAUACGCUAUAACAGCGUCUAAUUUAUUGUAUGUGACAAGUGGAAAUUCUGAAACCCCGGGUGUAUGGUCAUUAAUUCCAGGAAUUACACUGGCAAAGUGAUUGCAGACAUGAAAGUUAUUUUUGGACAACAAGUGGAGAUGAAACAGUUCGAAAGUCUGUAUCAGGCCUUGUACAGGAAUGGACUUGGGAACUUAUCUGUGGAGGCAAUAUGGGAUAAUAGUAAGUCUUCCGCUCAGUGAUAAAAUUUUGAAACUAUGUCAUCACACAAACAAAUCUGCCCCAUCGUUUACUGUGAAUAUUUCACAACUCAUAUCAUUAUAGUUGGUUAACAUUAGGAACGGACCAUUAGAAAAUUUAUGGGGGGGGAGAAUUUUCGAUCCGCAGGAAUUUUUUUUUUCGUUAUCGAUUUCCUUGUAUGAAUGUUUUUAGGCCUUCGCCUGAAUAUUUUUUAGGAUUAAUUGGCGUGCAUGUUUUUUUUUCCAUUUAAUUUUCCCUUGCGCGAAUAUUUUUUUUGUACUUAGCCCGCCCGACCCCCUCCCCAUAAGUUUUCUAAUGGUCCAUCCCUUAAUGGGAGACAUCAAAGCAGCUGUUAAUAUGUAACCUUUAAAAAAUGUCUAUGACAAUACCACAAAAAUUUUUAAAACGUCUAGAGUAGCAUUACUCACUUACAUGGAUUAACAAAUUUUGACCCUUAUAGGGAUUCAGAUUCUCUGGUGUUAAGUUCCACUAUGUAAUAACCAAUUUAUCAUAUCAUAAUUAACCCCAAGUUGAUAAUUAUCGGUAACAUCACUGUUUGUUUCAUUGCAUUGUUCAGUUCCCGGAAAACCUCCCACCAACAUAUCAGCAUACGCCACAAGUACAACGAGUUUGCGAGUGCAGUGGAACGCUUUGACAAAUGAUUACUCUGAUGUUACACAUCUCAAGAUUUUAUUCACCUCAGUAAACCAGGAAAAUGAAACUAUUUGGACUACUGACGUUAACGCAUCAAAAAAUAGUGUAAAUAUUGGAAACCUGGGAAAGUUCGUUAAUUAUACAGUCUGGAUAAAGAGUUUUUCUAAAAGAGGUCUUGGCUUUGCUGGCUUUCCUAUCAAUGUCAGGACGCUGGAGGAAGGUAAAUCAGGGACUUAAGAUUGGUUGUUAAGUUCGAUUGCUUCAGUAUAUCAAGUGAUACUUUGGUUUAUAGCCUUUACGUACUUACAAGCGUCUUCCUUAUUUUUCUGAUAUAAAGUCGGAAAACUGUUAGCUUCCCACGCAGACGUUCUUUUGGCUCGUCACGACAUCCUCCCCAAAGGAACGUUAGUGGGGAAGGAACGCGUGACGAUGUCAAAGAUAUCUACGCUGGAAAACGGUGUGGUUGAAGGGUCUUUAAAGAGUUUUAUAUUUGAUACUGAAAAUUAAAAAAAUUCUUUCUUUCUUUCUCUGUUUCGCUUUUUUCCGUUUUUUUUUUUUUACAUGACCUCAACGUAGAUUUUUAAACUUUCUUCUUUUCAUUUUACCUAUGACUAGUUGUACCAGUCGACAUAACAUUUCGUCUAAGAAACAUGAAAUGGAAUGGUAAUCUUUCCGAUGCAGCCAGCAGAAACUUCAAAAACUUAACAAGCACGAUUCAACAGAACGUAAGGUUUAUUAUAUGCUAAAAUAGUUACGUCAUCUUAUUAACACUAAGCUGGUUUUACUCUCCUUUAGUCAAAGAGUAGGGCCUUUUAUAUCUACCCCUGAGAAAGAGGUAUAAAAUGCAUUUAGUGACGGAGAAGCAUUCUUAAAAAAGUGCAGGCUCGCCAGUGUCCAUUGAGGGACGAACGCGUUGAGAAAAUACCAUCCUACCAUCCAUGCAAAAAAACACCGAUUUGGGGAUGGGGGAUUUACGACGUUUCAACAGAAUUAUAUGAUAAAUGAAUGAAAUCGUUACUAAAAGAAAUGUGCCAACUACUUUUGUCAUUGAUUUUGGCUUUCAAUUCCUUCUUUUCCGUGUAGGUGCUUAUGUUGUAUGAACAGGAAUCAAACUACAUUCGCUACGUUCAGUGUCGUCGGUUUAGGUAAAGUAGUGCAAACGUCCGCGAUUUCUUUCCAUUAGACAUGGACGUGUUUUAAAACAAAUGGUACUCUUUCAUGCCUAACGGUUACCAUUUCAUCACCACAUCAUUUCGUUUUUUUGUUAUUAUUCUGCGUUUUGUUUUGUUUUUUGUUUUGUUUUUUUUUCAUUCGCAGGGAAAAGGAUGAAGCUGACCUAUUGAGUUAAUUGAAAAGAAAUUUCUUUUUUCCGUCUGAAACGAAAAACUUUAUUUGCAUUGCUUUAGAGGCAUGAACACUUGGUGUUAUCAAGGAAAACUUUAUCAAUUUUUUAGAUAUUUUGCUUAAAAAACAACUGCAAUUGUAAGAAAAGUCUUUGCCUUCACACUAGCGUCUGUAUUAUUAUCAAAUACGAGUUUUACACCCCGGAGUUGUCAAACGACAUUAAAUGUUUCGGGAUAUGCUUCUUCCUCAUGAACCUUUAAAUACAGUGCAGCCAAUAAACGAUAACGGUACGGGGUGUUUUAAUUUUAUGAUAUAUACUGCAUUAUACAUCCCACCCUUAAUAGUCUGUCCACCUCUAAUCAUCAUCGGAAUGACAAAAACAGCACUAGCAACUGAUAACUUUAAAGUAGCCAGGUGUGAUUUUUUGCUAGCUAUGAAAUAGUUAAACUUCUAACGUAAGGAAAGAACAUUACCCAAACCAAAAAAGUGACCAGUUUUAACUCUAAGGUAUUUUCAAAAUAAGCGCUUAAUACCACAGACGACAUAAGUUAUGCAGCUUCCAUGCGAAGCCGUCGUUGGCUUUGACUUGCACCAUUGGAACGCACAAAACCUACUAAAUUACGUUUAUAGAGAAUUUAAAAUAUGCGGGACAAAAUCGUUGACAUGUAGAAAUUAACAUCGGUGGAUAUAUAUAUAUAUAUGGAUACAAACUUAUCUUCUUCCGUUUGCAGUCCCCGGAAAACCACCAGCGAACAUCAGCGCUGAUUCAGUAUCAUCCACGACUACCCAGGUCACGUGGUUAUGUAUUGACUGUCACCAGCACAACUUAACUGUUGGAUUUCUUGUUUCCUAUAAGCUGGAUGGUAGCAACCAAACUACAGCUGUUGUUGUGAAUAGAACAGUCAGACAAUUACAUAUCAUUGGCCUUAGAAAGUUCACAAAGUACACUGUUUAUGUGUCUAGUGUGACAGAAAGAGGAAUUAGUAUGUCAAGCGAGGAGGUGUCGACGCGAACAUUGGAGGAUGGUAUGAAUGUUCAACAUGAUAUUCAAAUUAAGCUUUCGGUUACAUAGAUGAAAUUGACAACAGUUAUGCACCAGUGAUAACAUUGUCGUCUUGUUGUGCUCUUUACAGAACUAAAACUAUUCAAACGGGCAACAAAAAACGUGCAACUUGUUUUGCAAUAUUGCUGCAAAAUGCGGGUUGAAUAGUUAUGUCGUGCGUUUUACCACCCACUUUCGAACCUGUCUUGCAACAAAUAAAAUUGCAGGGUUUUUUCGUUGGUGGUAAAACGCGCAACAUCACUACUCAACCCGUCUUGCAGCAAUAUUGCAAAACAAGUUGCACGUUUUUUGUUCCUUUUUUACCGUACCUUGGGAGAUAUAACUAAGGGAGAGAAUUGUUCUUUGUUAUUUCAACUUCCACUGUUCUUUGUGCUUAUCAGUGCUCUUAUGCUUCUAUCGCACGUUUGAGCUCACCCUUAGCCUUUUUAACCUAAAAAAAAUUAUUUUCUAAAUCGACUCUAAAUUGCAAAUGAUUAAUAAUAAGAAGAUACAGAGAUUUGAAUUGAAAAAAUUUGCACAAAUUUAAAUUUUAGUUCCCAGUGCCAUUCCAUUAAACCUGAACGCGCACAAUAUGAGCUCCACGAGCCUCUGGGUAGCCUGGACACCACUUCCCAGUGAUCAGGUGAACGGCAUUCUAUUGGGUUACAACGUUACAUACAAGAAGGCUGGUGAGACUAGUGCCAGUGAGCAAUAUAUCAACACGACUUUGAACUUCACGGUACUCAGUGGACUUGAGAAGUUUACAGUUUAUGAGGUUACGGUUUCAGCUUUCACAAAGGUGGGACGUGGCCCAGCAGGGAAUAUAAAUGCUUCCACUGAUCAAGAUGGUAAGAGUCAGACUAACCAUGAUAUUUAAAUUAUCUAAUUAAUUAAUUUUCCUUUCCACUCAUGGGGCUUUUCAGGAUAAUGACACAAAUAUAUCAUCUCAAGAGAGGAUAAAGGGUAGCCCCUUUAUCCUCUCUUGAUCAUAUGUAACAUAACAAAUUAAAAUCCAAACUGGUAGGAGGCGAACCAGUUGUCUAUUUUACAAGCGUGGUCGAGCUGGCGGUUAUAAGGGCGGGACUUGAACUCGGGGCCUCAACGAGUGGACUGAUAUAUGAGUUACUGAAAUCGGUCUCCGAAGGUCAAGUUAGUUUUAAGUUUAGACACGGGCUGUAGCAAUACCAUGUCAACAGGAAAUUGUGAAAUUUGCAUUUUCGUUGACUAAGAAACAUCAUUUUCCUCGUAGUUCAGAUCAGAUGUCUUUAAGCGGCCAUGUGUCUGUUUAAUUUCGUUAAUUUAUAGAAGGUUUUACGGUACAGCUUAAAAUUGUUAACAUUUAAAAUGACUGAAUGUUAUCAUUCAGCAAACUAGACAAUUAGGUAGUUCAAAAAUAAUUUUUAAUUGUUAAGUCUUUUAAUAUCGUUUCUUGCGACAACGAAUACGACCCGCAGUGGUACCCCAACGGCUGAUCAACCAAUCACGAUUUCUGGUUCUUACUUAAUUUGUAUCGCGUUUAUUGGUUUCGCAUUAUUAAAAUAUCGUUUAAUAUCAGUUUUUGUCUUGACUGUAGUGCCAAGUCUUCCUCCGACGGAUAUCCGAGCAUACAACACAAGCUCGACAAGUUUGACGGUGACGUGGAAUCCCGUCCCGCAGGGGUAUACCCACGGGAUUGUCCUGGGGUAUUUGGUUUUCUACAAAAGACAGCAAGAUGUUGACGGGAAUUUCAUUAAUGCAUCAAGCCUUGUGCUCUCUGCGGAUCUUGAAGGUCUCGACAAAUUUACAGUGUAUGUUGUAAAAGUGUUGGCGUUCACCAUAAAAGGAAAUGGUGUGAUUUCAAAUGAAACCAGUGUGAGGACACACGAAGACGGUGGGUAAAAUAUAAUUAUUGUAAGCAAAUAAAAGUAUUGUGGGAACCUUAGUAAAAUGGGUUCGGUUCGGAAUUGUUUUGCUCAUUUUUGGCUUUUGAGACACUAUAUAGCAAAGCUCAUAAUUAACUCAUCAGGCGACCCAGUCACCACUAGUUAAAGGCAUACUUCAUGAAUCUGCCCGGAAACAUACGAAAUGAAACGUCGUUUAUGCCUUAAAGAUAUACAGAGUGUAGGUAGUUACUAUUUUUGUAAGUUCCUCACCUAACUGCGUGGAAGGCACCUCAAAAGAAAACCAUUUCCCUUUACAAGAAUGUUUGGGUGUUACUUGAGCUUUAGUUUGUUUUUUAACACAUCUUUAUUUUCAUUUUAGUUCCAAGUCUCCCACCGUCAAACCUCAGGGCACACAAUACCAGUUCAACCACUCUACGGGUCACGUGGCUGCCUGUACCUCAAGAGUUUCUCCAUGGAAUUCUCGUCGGAUACCGUCUCUUUUUUAAGGCAGACAAAAACCUGUUUUAUGAAAACGUGACAACAGUCAAUCAAACUCUGGAACUGACAGGACUGGAAAAGUUUACAAAUUAUUCUAUGAAGAUUUUGGCGUUCACUCUCAUUGGAGAUGGAAAUAUAUCACAUUCAGUGACUGUGUCGACUGAUCAGGAUGGUUCGUGAAAAGCUUUUUUUCCUAAUUCGUUUAAUUUAACAGAUUAGCUGACAAGCACAGCGGUUUCUUCUCGCGGCUCCACCUGUCGGUAUCGCCUUCUCCGAGAAUUUUCCUUCAUAAUGCGCCAUGGAAAUUCGCAAACAAUUUAUCGGGACACUAAGUUUUGGUCCGUUUAUGUACUGAAGUUACGUGAACUUUUGUAUUGAUGAAAGAAACCGUCCUGGAAUCGGGUAAAGAGGCCUUAAAACCAAUGGGAGCUGAGGGACUGAAAAAGAAACAGUUUAUUGUUUGUAGAACUAAUUCCAAGGUCAAUAGCUAGGGACACUGAACGAUUCAAAAUGAAUAACUCAUGUACAGAAUCUCUUGUUGUAUUUAGGUCACUGAGAGAAGUUCCAUUUCUUUUCUUUCUGAAUACUUACCUGAGAUGUGUACAAGUUAAUCAAUAUUUUUAUUUACAGUUCCCAGCCUCCCACCAACGAAUGUGAGCGCACAUAACACAAGUUCCACCAGUCUUCAUGUAAGCUGGCAUGAAGUGCCCAAAGGCUUUGUUCACGGCAUCCUGCUUGGUUAUCGCGUUCUUUACAAAAUAGCAAAUGUAACUGGAAAAAAAAGUAUUACUACAACAUCAGAAACAACUAAUAAAAGAGAGUUGCAAGAACUAAAGAAAUUCACCAUUUAUGAGAUCAAUGUACUGGCGUUUACAGCCAUUGGGGAUGGAGCAAAUUCCAAGAGCAUACAUGUCUCGACUGAUGAGGACGGUAAGAGGUUAAUUUGAUUACUUUGAUGGCGAUGAUGAUGACGACGAUGAUGAUGAUGAUGAUGUUGAUGAUGAUGAUGAUGAUUAUUAUUAUUAUUAUGAUAUGGGAAUCUUUAUAACGAUUCUUCGGAGUGAUUAAGGUACUGUAAAUGGAAGCAGGGUUCGCUGACAGUACUCACUAUCUUUUCAUGCCCGUGUAGAUUGAUAUAAACACUUGCACGUGAUCUCUCUGAGAUCUCUCUGAGAGGUAAACAAUUCCAUUGCAAACAAUUAACAUCAAAUUGUUUCAUUAUAGCGGAAAACUUGCUAAUUCAUUAACGAUAAAAGCGUGGUGUAUUUUGAUUGCAACAACGGCCGGAGACAUAAUGCCCAUAAGUAAACAACAGUGACGCGAAUUUUAACACACAUACAUGUAAACAGCUUUUUGCCCCUUUAAAAACGCGUACCCUUGUUUUAUACCUAAAUUCUUUCUACCUCAAAAAACAAAGGAUCCUUUACACCAAGACAACAAGCUGAAUCUAUACUUUCAAUAAAUUAAUUGUAGUUCCCAGUCUACCUCCUGUUGACUUGUCUGCACAUAAUACCAGUUCUACGAGUAUCCAAGUGGCCUGGGGCGAGGUACCUGAAGGAUACGUUCAUGGAAUUCUACAAGGUUACCGCGUGUUUUACAGUGAGAUGACCGCAAACAGAAACAUCAGCUACGUGAACGUAACAACUGACCCAGAAAAUCGCCAGCUUCAGGUCACAGGACUGAAAAAGUUCACCAAAUAUUCACUGAAGGUUUUAGCUUUCACAAGAAAAGGUGACGGAGCUGUUUCUACCGAUAUCUCGGUCGUCACAGACGAAGACGGUAACUAUCACUCCAUUGUAGUUAAUAGAAUGACGCCUCAGGGCAGCGCAUUGAGGAUUUACGGACGGGUGUGAAUUGUUGAACACAACUAUUAUGAUUUAAUAUUCAAGUUAUAAACUCAAGGCAUAUGAAAAUAUAUAGAUUGUUAUUUGUUUCCACAGGUAAAGUAAUUUUAGGUAUUAAAAUAAACAGAACUAUCUUAGAAGUAGAUCAAGAAUUUCUGGUGGUGAAAAGAUGCAGUCCAUGUCCAUGCAGCCUGCGGAAAAAAAGCAAAUCAAAAUUGAUACAAUAAAGUUGCCAUCGCCUUUUUUAGCAUUCCUUAUCUAUGGCAGAAUAAAAGAAAUUUCCUUAAAUGUAUCCCUUUAAUUUCUCUCUUUGUUGUGAUUUUGCGUACUGUUUCCGUUUUUUAGUGGUUUUUUAAAUCUCUUAGUUCCCAGUUUACCUCCCCAAAAUGUCCAACCUUACAACACGAGCUCUACCAGUGUGAAAGUAACCUGGGAAGAUGUCGCAACUGGUUUUAUCCAUGGAAUUCUCAGAGGCUAUCGAGUAUUCUACAGCAGAACCAAAGACAAUGGUCCCGCAGUAAGACAGGCUGUCAUUCGUGCUGAUAAGCACUAUGUUCAUCUGGAAGGACUGGAUAAAUUCACAAAUUAUACAAUACAAGCGGCUGCUUUCACGAGGAUUGGAUAUGGCGCCAAGUCAACAAAAUUGAUAGUCUCUACAGAUGAGGAUGGUAUUAAGUUUCAUUUAUUACCUACUAUGCUCAAGUAGUUUGAAAGAUAAAUUUAUUGUAGCAAAAUACAAAAGGCUUACAAUAGCAGAGGAACGCUCAGCAAGUGAAACACUUUUAUUUGUAUUUAGGCAGGACUUUAGGGUGCUUAUAUUUAAACAAUCAGUCAGCUUAUUCUAAAAAUAAAGUUAGAACAGGUUUUUAAAGACCCACGUCAACUAUAACCACCUUUCCCACUUCUUUAUUUGUUUUUUCGUGUGUUUUCGUUUAUUGGGUUUUUUCCCUUUAAACAGUUCACUUGCAAACUAUUUACAUAAGGGUUUAAGACACGAAAAAAGUAAUAAAAAUCGUGAAACUAUACAGCUAUAAAGGUCGAUACUGUUUGCUACUAUGACACGAACAAGGUGAAAAGUAAAGAGGGGUCAUAUGAUAAAUUUAAAUGCAGAUCAUGAAACUUUAAAAAGAUUUACCUCACUCAUGAGACCGAAUGGGAUUGGCUGACUUUCUUUCUGUCUCUAUUUUGCUUGAUUUUGUAGUUCCCAGUCUUCCUCCUCAAAACCUCUGGGGUAACAACAUCAGUUCUACAGCAUUAAUAACCAAGUGGAAUCCAGUUCCUCUGGGAUUCGUACACGGCAGACUACGGGGUUAUAGGGUGCUUUACAAGGAGAAAAACAACCCUUCUGCUCAAUACACUAUAAUCACCGUCCCACCUGGUAUAAGGAUGCAAACAAUCAGCAAUCUUAAGAAGUUUACUUACUACACCAUACGGGUACUUGCGUUUACUAUAAAAGGUGAUGGUGCUCUGUCACCACCGAUGAACGUGACAACAGAUGAAGAUAGUAAGUAUAAGAGUGACCUUACCGCGCAAAAUCAGUCUCUUUUUUUGAUUUAAGCAAAUUUAAAAUCCUCCAUUAAUAAGCCCUGGGGGCGGGAGGGGGCUUACAUGUAUAUAUUUAAACACAUUUGACGGGAGCUUAUUUGCGAGGGGGGCUUAAUAGAGGAUUUACGGAAAGAGCGUUGAGAGUAGAAGCUUUUAUUUAAAGUCACCCAAGUUUUAUGAGCAAAUUUUAAAUCACACAAACUGUAUACGGGAAUAGCAGGUGAAACCAAUUCAUGACCUGUCGUUACGAACGUGGGGCAAGCGAAGAAAGGAUUUAACACAAUUCAGUUUCCCUGAAGAGAAUGAAACCCUCACAUCAGAACUCCAAAUGGACUAUUCAUCCACUUAAAAUCUAUAAUGGAAAGACCUCAGAACCAAGGAAAGUAAUGAAAAGGAAUUCAUCAACUAGGUUCAAAUGGAACCGGGGGGCAGAGCCGGAAGUUUUUCUUCGUUACACGCUUGUUUCCUUUCCAAGAAGUUUAAAAUUUACCAACUUAAAUUAGACUUAUCACUCGGAAUGUUCAUAAGAAUUUCAGAAGGGAAACGUAUCAAGGGUUUUGGUGCUGCUAAAACACGGAUUGGAUGAUUGUUUUUCCAGUUCCGAGCGAGCAACCACAAAACGUUUACGCCAGAGACAAAGCUAGCGCUACAGAAAUCUUUCUGUCAUGGGCUCCACCCCCUCAAGACAAAAUCCACGGUAUUCUAAGAGGUUACUUCAUUUGGUACAGCAUCAUAACACUUGGAAUCGACAGAAGAGAUCCAGUCUUUCCCCUAGACUAUACCAAGAAACGAUUAUCAGCUGAUUCAGUUAAAGACACACUGAUUAAUCUGCAAACAUAUGCACAAUACAUCAUCAAAAUAGCUGCCUUUACAAGUAAAGGGUAUGGCCCUAUUAAAGAGAUCUCCACAAGUAAGUUUUACUUCGUAGUCAAGAGAAGGUUGAUAAUUUACGAAGAGAACAAAUUUAAGUUUUAAAUUGCUACCCUGUACGGCGCAAAUAUUUGCUAAGAAUAGGGAAAUGCAUUAAAUACGUUCCAUCUGUUUUGAAGAACUUGGGUGUUGUCUUUGAACUAAAGUGACGUCCACAUCAACAUAGUCGCCCCUAUCCAAGAGAGCCUCAAUACAAAAAUCCGCGAAAUUUUUCUCUGAAAAACGGUGGAUUUACAAGCAUCUCUCCAGUCAGAAAGAAUUAAGUUUCUCAACUGCUUAUAAAUUGGGUCAGUUCUUACUCAAAACAGACAGUUAUGUUAUUUAGGGAUUAAAGAAACGUUAUCUAAAAAAACGUUAAACGUCACGUUUUAAAAAAGUUAAACCAGGUACGUGGAUGGUGCUGACAACACUAAACUUGAUAAGCGUAACAGUGACAAAAAUAUCGCAGUUUAUAUUCUGUAAACGUCUUUUAUUUUACUUUCAACAAUUUGAUACUAUUUCUAAACAUUUUUUCUGCACAUAACGGCCAAUGCCUUCUAAGUGCUUGUCCUUACCAUAUCUGUUUCCUCAGGGACUUGCAGAUGUCGGUCUAUGAUACCAACUAACUGGUGGAAUAAUCCCCCGUAUGUUACGACCCAAAUCUCCAGCAACAGUAGCCGUGAAGGUGGCAUCCUACCAGUUAUACUAGAGAGUAUUGUCACUUCCUGCUGUCAAGAGUGCGAGUUUGGCACGACAACGGUGGACUUCAAAUUGGACGCAAAUGGGUUAGAUGCCCAAAAAGAUGGCGUAAUUCAGGUUAAAGACGCUAUAAGUAGCAAGACUAUGAUCUCUUUUGGUAUUACUGGUGUGAUGCCCCAGGAAAAGUACUAUGGCGCUGACGGAGAAGCAGAGUAUGUUCCCAUCAUGGAGACACCUGGUGUCGCCUUCAUUGUGGCGGAGAGAAGGUUAGAUUAGCGCAGCUGAUCUCUCUUAAACUACCGUAGAUGGAGCGUAUUAUUAAGCAAUAGACCACACUUUCUAUGGGUUUACCGGCAUGAUAACCCACGCGGGAUGUUUAGAGAACACGAGAAAAGAAGCUUUUCGAGUAUUCUCCCAACAUCCCAAGUGGGUUAUCACGCCGGUAAACCCAGAAAGUGUGGUCUAUUGCUUUUAUAAAAUAUCUUUCAGUUUUCUAAGAGUUUAUAACCAAUCAGAACGCGCGUAUCAUCUUAGUUAUUUUAUAAUAAACAAUAUCCUUUAAUUAAAAUAUCUCGAGUGGAAAGCAAAAGCCAAAAUCUAUUGGAAACCAAAAGAUCAUAUCACAUUAAGGAAUCUUGUUCCAAGUGACGUCGUCUCUCCUGUUGCCUGGUAGCGUCCCUUGUUACUUUUUGUUUUUUUUGGCUACACACGAGUAAAAAGGUAUCAAGAAAAAAAAAUCCAUGCUGCUAUACUUACCAUGUCAGUCCCUCGCUUAACCAGGUACUUUGAUUUAGGCGUAAAUAACGGGAUUCAUAAUUUUGUGAAGAUCAAGGUGAUAUCCUUCCCACUCCCCCUAGUCAAAGUUGCAAGCUUUGUAAGGCCUUGGUCAAAACUGCCUUUAGGAUGGAGGGUAGUCAGAGAUUUAGAGUUACCAAUGAAUUACUAGCAGCGAUUUUAAGUAAGAGAGGGUGCGGUGGUUUUCCGUUCGAGUGUCUCAAUAUUAUUGUAGCAUAUAACCUUGCUAAUUAUGGCACGCAUUUGAAAUAUUUCCCAUUUCUUCCAGAGAUAUUCAUAAAGAGGUUCUCAUGGCGAUUCUGAGCUGCUGGCCAGCAGUUGUUAUUGCCUGUAUCAUGACGUAUCUCGCUGGUGUUGUGGUCUGGGUUCUAGUAAGUUAUUUCUUACUUAGCUAAGUCACUCACAAACAUUUUAAAAGAUAAAUCGAAUAAACGAAACUGCUUAAACUAACUUUGUGCUGCAUUUUUACAAAGGAUAUGAAUUGGAAUCAUGUGGACUUCCCAAAAUCGUUCAUUUCGGGAUCGCUUGAGGGAGUAUGGUGGUCGUUCGUUACCAUGACGACAGUUGGGUAGGUAGCCAAGCGUAUGGCCGUAACCGCCUGUUAAAGUUACUAAACUUAAAUCACUAUAUUUAAAAACGUUAGAAUAAACGUCGACGACUUGUUCGCGACAAGGUUAGCUUUGUUGUAGAAAGCUGGACUAAAGAGUAGAUGGUUGCGGGUCAUCCCUGCUAUCCGAGAGUCUGGACCAAGAGUCAAACGAAGGUACUGACUUUGCCCUGCAAACGGCUACAUUUUUUAGAUUGGUAUGACUUAGUCAAAAUGGUGGUUUCUUCUUCAGCUGAUUAGGUAUAGAAAACGAUGUCUUCAGUUUAGGACUCUUUUUUUGGCAGUUAUGGUGAUCGUAUACCUAAGUCCAUUCCCGCGCGCCUAUUUGCGUUUCUAUGGACGUGGAUCGGUAUCGCUACAAUGGCAGUGAUCACAAGCAGCAUUACAGCUUCUCUCAUGAGUAUGGUGUUUCAGCCAGAAAAGAUGCUCUAUGGCACGAAGGUACACAAAAAGCUUUCUAAGCUUUCAUAUCUGAAUUCAAAUUUCGCACUAGCCCCGGGUUGUCUUAACCCAGCUUUGCACAACCCGGCCCGAGACCUAAAAGUGGAAAUGGUACGAAAAACAAACAGGAAAAUAAUAAUGAUCGAAUUUAUCUCUUUUAUCAAGGCUAAAGAAGAACUAAAUACCUAUUCUAUAUGCACAAUUUUAUGAAAGUAAAUCUGGGCGAAAACUGGGCAUUCAAUGUCGCGGAAAACAGUGUAAUUUGUGAGGAGAUAAGAAAUACGAGCUCCCCUAAAAACGCCUGCGUGGGAGGCUAUAUCACUCUCGGACGCCAUAGAUUUUUGCCCAUUCAGAGACUUUUGGCCGAAAUUGUUUUUAGUUACUGAUAGAUGUGAUUUGAGCUUAAGGCAAGCAAUGUGAGCGCGCGCUAUUUUAAAAGAUUUCCAGCUAUAUAAAAAAUUUACAUCAUGUCACUUCCGUUCAUGUUAGUACAAGCCGCUGGAACUGUUUUCUCAUUUACUCUUAAUAUUUGAUUAUUUCAGGUAGCUGCUAUUGCUAACUCAACUGAAUAUAAACUAGGACUCAGAAGAAACGCCAAACUAGACACAGGUUAGGAGAAAGGUGAAAGGUGGUAAUAUAGUUAAAGACACACUGAUUAAUCUGCAAACAUAUGCACAAUACAUCAUCAAAAUAGCUGCCUUUACAAGUAAAGGGUAUGGCCCUAUUAAAGAGAUCUCCACAAGUAAGUUUUACUUCGUAGUCAAGAGAAGGUUGAUAAUUUACGAAGAGAACAAAUUUAAGUUUUAAAUUGCUACCCUGUACGGCGCAAAUAUUUGCUAAGAAUAGGGAAAUGCAUUAAAUACGUUCCAUCUGUUUUGAAGAACUUGGGUGUUGUCUUUGAACUAAAGUGACGUCCACAUCAACAUAGUCGCCCCUAUCCAAGAGAGCCUCAAUACAAAAAUCCGCGAAAUUUUUCUCUGAAAAACGGUGGAUUUACAAGCAUCUCUCCAGUCAGAAAGAAUUAAGUUUCUCAACUGCUUAUAAAUUGGGUCAGUUCUUACUCAAAACAGACAGUUAUGUUAUUUAGGGAUUAAAGAAACGUUAUCUAAAAAAACGUUAAACGUCACGUUUUAAAAAAGUUAAACCAGGUACGUGGAUGGUGCUGACAACACUAAACUUGAUAAGCGUAACAGUGACAAAAAUAUCGCAGUUUAUAUUCUGUAAACGUCUUUUAUUUUACUUUCAACAAUUUGAUACUAUUUCUAAACAUUUUUUCUGCACAUAACGGCCAAUGCCUUCUAAGUGCUUGUCCUUACCAUAUCUGUUUCCUCAGGGACUUGCAGAUGUCGGUCUAUGAUACCAACUAACUGGUGGAAUAAUCCCCCGUAUGUUACGACCCAAAUCUCCAGCAACAGUAGCCGUGAAGGUGGCAUCCUACCAGUUAUACUAGAGAGUAUUGUCACUUCCUGCUGUCAAGAGUGCGAGUUUGGCACGACAACGGUGGACUUCAAAUUGGACGCAAAUGGGUUAGAUGCCCAAAAAGAUGGCGUAAUUCAGGUUAAAGACGCUAUAAGUAGCAAGACUAUGAUCUCUUUUGGUAUUACUGGUGUGAUGCCCCAGGAAAAGUACUAUGGCGCUGACGGAGAAGCAGAGUAUGUUCCCAUCAUGGAGACACCUGGUGUCGCCUUCAUUGUGGCGGAGAGAAGGUUAGAUUAGCGCAGCUGAUCUCUCUUAAACUACCGUAGAUGGAGCGUAUUAUUAAGCAAUAGACCACACUUUCUAUGGGUUUACCGGCAUGAUAACCCACGCGGGAUGUUUAGAGAACACGAGAAAAGAAGCUUUUCGAGUAUUCUCCCAACAUCCCAAGUGGGUUAUCACGCCGGUAAACCCAGAAAGUGUGGUCUAUUGCUUUUAUAAAAUAUCUUUCAGUUUUCUAAGAGUUUAUAACCAAUCAGAACGCGCGUAUCAUCUUAGUUAUUUUAUAAUAAACAAUAUCCUUUAAUUAAAAUAUCUCGAGUGGAAAGCAAAAGCCAAAAUCUAUUGGAAACCAAAAGAUCAUAUCACAUUAAGGAAUCUUGUUCCAAGUGACGUCGUCUCUCCUGUUGCCUGGUAGCGUCCCUUGUUACUUUUUGUUUUUUUUGGCUACACACGAGUAAAAAGGUAUCAAGAAAAAAAAAUCCAUGCUGCUAUACUUACCAUGUCAGUCCCUCGCUUAACCAGGUACUUUGAUUUAGGCGUAAAUAACGGGAUUCAUAAUUUUGUGAAGAUCAAGGUGAUAUCCUUCCCACUCCCCCUAGUCAAAGUUGCAAGCUUUGUAAGGCCUUGGUCAAAACUGCCUUUAGGAUGGAGGGUAGUCAGAGAUUUAGAGUUACCAAUGAAUUACUAGCAGCGAUUUUAAGUAAGAGAGGGUGCGGUGGUUUUCCGUUCGAGUGUCUCAAUAUUAUUGUAGCAUAUAACCUUGCUAAUUAUGGCACGCAUUUGAAAUAUUUCCCAUUUCUUCCAGAGAUAUUCAUAAAGAGGUUCUCAUGGCGAUUCUGAGCUGCUGGCCAGCAGUUGUUAUUGCCUGUAUCAUGACGUAUCUCGCUGGUGUUGUGGUCUGGGUUCUAGUAAGUUAUUUCUUACUUAGCUAAGUCACUCACAAACAUUUUAAAAGAUAAAUCGAAUAAACGAAACUGCUUAAACUAACUUUGUGCUGCAUUUUUACAAAGGAUAUGAAUUGGAAUCAUGUGGACUUCCCAAAAUCGUUCAUUUCGGGAUCGCUUGAGGGAGUAUGGUGGUCGUUCGUUACCAUGACGACAGUUGGGUAGGUAGCCAAGCGUAUGGCCGUAACCGCCUGUUAAAGUUACUAAACUUAAAUCACUAUAUUUAAAAACGUUAGAAUAAACGUCGACGACUUGUUCGCGACAAGGUUAGCUUUGUUGUAGAAAGCUGGACUAAAGAGUAGAUGGUUGCGGGUCAUCCCUGCUAUCCGAGAGUCUGGACCAAGAGUCAAACGAAGGUACUGACUUUGCCCUGCAAACGGCUACAUUUUUUAGAUUGGUAUGACUUAGUCAAAAUGGUGGUUUCUUCUUCAGCUGAUUAGGUAUAGAAAACGAUGUCUUCAGUUUAGGACUCUUUUUUUGGCAGUUAUGGUGAUCGUAUACCUAAGUCCAUUCCCGCGCGCCUAUUUGCGUUUCUAUGGACGUGGAUCGGUAUCGCUACAAUGGCAGUGAUCACAAGCAGCAUUACAGCUUCUCUCAUGAGUAUGGUGUUUCAGCCAGAAAAGAUGCUCUAUGGCACGAAGGUACACAAAAAGCUUUCUAAGCUUUCAUAUCUGAAUUCAAAUUUCGCACUAGCCCCGGGUUGUCUUAACCCAGCUUUGCACAACCCGGCCCGAGACCUAAAAGUGGAAAUGGUACGAAAAACAAACAGGAAAAUAAUAAUGAUCGAAUUUAUCUCUUUUAUCAAGGCUAAAGAAGAACUAAAUACCUAUUCUAUAUGCACAAUUUUAUGAAAGUAAAUCUGGGCGAAAACUGGGCAUUCAAUGUCGCGGAAAACAGUGUAAUUUGUGAGGAGAUAAGAAAUACGAGCUCCCCUAAAAACGCCUGCGUGGGAGGCUAUAUCACUCUCGGACGCCAUAGAUUUUUGCCCAUUCAGAGACUUUUGGCCGAAAUUGUUUUUAGUUACUGAUAGAUGUGAUUUGAGCUUAAGGCAAGCAAUGUGAGCGCGCGCUAUUUUAAAAGAUUUCCAGCUAUAUAAAAAAUUUACAUCAUGUCACUUCCGUUCAUGUUAGUACAAGCCGCUGGAACUGUUUUCUCAUUUACUCUUAAUAUUUGAUUAUUUCAGGUAGCUGCUAUUGCUAACUCAACUGAAUAUAAACUAGGACUCAGAAGAAACGCCAAACUAGACACAGGUUAGGAGAAAGGUGAAAGGUGGUAAUAUUUGUUACCAAGAGAUGAACUUGAUGAGGCUAGUUUAUCAGUAGCCUCUAGUCAUUGUUGUCAAUUUUAGGUUCUUUAGGUCUCUUGUCACUUUUAGUUGUUAUUAUUUCCUGUAAACUUGACCCGCCCAGAUUAGCAUAAGUACCCGCAUGCAUGUUACAAUUGUACUCCUACCUUAAAACAAAAAUAAAUUUAUGAUCACGAUGAUGAUGAUGAUGAUGAACCCUUAAAACUGAUUAGAAUUCAUCAAAAAAAAAUGGUGGAAAAUUUAUUUCUUUACAGCAAUAUUCACGUCUCAUCAAAAGAUAAGGAUAGUUUAAUCAGGUGAAAAUAGGAGAUAAAUCAGCUUACUUGACAUACUACCAGUAUUACGUUAAGUGGAAAUUAGAUGUUUUUGCAGCAGUCAUAAACCUGUCCCUAAGGAUAUCUAAUCUUAAUGAAUGGAAAAUUGAUUGAUUUUCAGGUCGCUCGUACGGGAACUUGUACCAAAUUUAUGAAGACCUCGAAAAUGAUCGUGUACACACAGCGCUGUUAGACUCGUACUCGACGGCGAGCGAAAGCAAGUGGUUCAGUGAAGACUGGCUCCGAGUGAUUCAGAUCAUUCCUGUGAGAUACGAAUCUGCUAAUGGACUUGUACUUACUGGUGACGUCAUGAAGUUAGCACAGUGUUUUCGAAGUUAUGUGCGCUCAGAGACAAGUUAUAUACACAGAAUUAUACAGAGUCAUGUGGGAUCUAUUGAGGUUAGAAAUUCAGUUCGAAUUCUAUUCUAUUCUAGUCAUGUCAGAAACACAAAUACCUUUGGCUAUGUUUAACAGGUAUGUUUGACUGGCAUAGGUGUAGCCAGGAUUUUCCAGAGGUAGGCCUCGUUGGAAACCGACAUUCGGGUGUAGAAAAAAAAAACAGUGCUGUUGUUGUUGUUGUUGUUUUUUAAUGCUUCAAACUCGCAAGAAGAGUUAAAUGAAUAAUUAAGUCAAACUGUGCUUUAUGAAAUGAUUAUAUUAUAUUUAUUCACUUAAUUGUCAACAUCUUUUCUAUUUGUUCCAUCUUAACCAGUUUUACCUUCGACCUUUUUAGAUACGCAUGUGCAUAACGUGCGUACAGGUAGCUAUGCCCCUGACAGGUAGUGUUGAAAACAUUACAGGUUAUUUUACCGUAGCUGUUAUCCUUGAGUUUUUCAUAGUUUACUAUCAUUAAGUACGCUUUCUCUUUAGUAAACGUGAUUUAACACAUCAGCUCGGUCGGUAGACAGUAAAUAAGCGACAGUCUGUUUCAUCACCCAAUUUCCCGUCAUUUUUUCCCAUUCUCUUAUAACAAUAACUUUUGUAAGUUCCCUGAAAGUUUUUUUUAUUAUUAUUUAUUUAUUUAUUUCGAACAAUUACAAUACACUACAUUUGCAAUUCAUUACAAUAAAAUUCUAAUUAUUGGUUACUAAAUUAAUUUUACCUUACAUUGAAACAAGUAACUGUUAUCGUUUACAGAAGGGAAAAAAGUGAAAGAAAAAGAAAAAGAAAGACAAACUCCUCAAAAAUACUACAGUUUAUAUAUUAACAAUUAAGGGAAGGAAGUUUCUUGAAAGUUAACUAUAACAAAAAAAAACGUUUCGGAUUAAUUUUAGCUGAGGAUUCAGAUUCUCUCAAGUGGCUUGUAAAACGCUGUCAUGCCUAGUAACACGCUGUGAUGUCUUUGUCUUUAGGCUGAAGAUGUUCCUUUUGCAGUGAAAACGUCGUCAGAUCUUCUAACGGAAGAAUCCUAUUUGUACAAACAAACAGUGAUUAUUCUAGCUGGAGCUUUAGGUACCUUUACACUUCUGGGGCCUCUCUUUCAUUAUUGCUUUUAUAAAAAAGCACCAUCAAGACAUACAUCAGAAUCAGGUACUAAGAUUUUAUGCAAAUAAUAUACACUAAAAUGAGAACAAGCUUUUAGUAAUACAUGAAUACAAAGAUGAAAAUAAUGGCGUUGAUGAUAACGGUGGUAGUGGUGGUGGAGGUCUCAGUUAUGAUAGUGUGAUGAUGAUGAUGAUGACAACGUUAAAGAUAAUGGCCUUAAUUAUUAUGGUACAGAUGAUGAUGAUGACGAUGAUUGUUUUUGUGUUAACGAUGAUGAUAAUAGUAUAUGUGAGGGUACUGUGAACUAAGACUUGAAAAACCACUGCAAAAACCGUGAACGAUCAAUGUAGUUCACAUUUGGAUCAAACAAGAUCGUGAUCAGUCCAAAAAGAUAAAAAUAGAAUUAAGGUGAAAAGGACUACUGCAAAGACUGAGCAAACAACGAGGAAAAGGCUGAGGUAUACAAUAAUUCGACUGGCCAAUACCAGUCUUCAUCAGGUUUAUUAGGAAAAACCACGAAUACAUAAAUAUACUACUGUAAGUUAAUAACGGAAGUUACAUGGUAUGACGUGGUAAGGUGUGGCUGCUAAGAAAAAUAAACCGAAAAAAAUAUAAAGAUUACAUAAUAAUUAUAGCUCGUCACAUUUGUUCAUUCUCAGAGGCUCGAUGGUUUUGGCUUUAUGAAUGAGGUGCGCCUCACGUGCUUUCCUAAGACAAUCGCGUUGAUAUCCAAGUGUUUCAAUUGGGAUAAGUAACAUAUGGGAAACAUAGUGGCUAUUGCUGAGAAAGUGUUCUGAACUGCGGUUUGGAUGUAACUACCGGAGGAGUUAAGUUUAGGGCGUCUAUGUUCAUUAAAACGGUAUUUGAGGAGGGGUUUGCUUUCACCAAUAUAUAUAUUAGAGGCGGCAUUGAAUCAUGUAGAUAGCAUUAAAAGUAUUACAGGUAAUGUGAAAUUUGAUUUGUCAUAUGUAGUGAUAAGGGGUGGUGGUGUUGACAACGUUCAAGAAAAUGAUAAUAACGUUGGCUAUGUUAAUAGCGGUGGCGAUGGUUGUGAUUUUGGCCAUAAUAAUGGUAGUGGUGAGAAAGAAUGAUACUUAUUAUACUGAUGACGAUGAUAGCGGUGGUGAUGAUGAUGAUGAUAGCCAGGUAAGCGAUGGUGGUGACCGGGUAAUGGUAAAACUGAUGCUGAUGGUGCUUAUGAUACUGAUGAUGGUGAGCAGGACGAGGAUCAUGAGGAUGAUGAUGAUGAUGAGUCUAACCCUUUUGUUCUGAAUUCUUAUCUCAGCAGAGGACAUCGUGGUUGUAACGACAAACGGUUCCCAAGUAAAACGAACGGAGACAAUAUCACAAUUAAAGGAGGAUAUUUCCAAAUUUUAUGAAUGUUAUAAGAAAAAGUAUUUGGCUCUACGCCACAAACAUAUAAAGGAACAUAGAGAGCUUAGAAGAUUUAAUGAUGACAAAUAUGGAACAGGCAAGCGGCAAUUGUUUUUUUUUUGUACUAUUAUUUUGACGUCGUUCGAUUAUUCAUCGAGACAAAAGAUGGUGUAUUUAUCAGUAGAAAAUCUUAACGGUAUGUAUAUAACUAGGAUUAGUUUAGUUCUGUUUAAUUAUAUACAGGUUGAUUUAAUCAAAGGGCAAAAAAAAAAUUAGUGGUGUGGAAUUGUGCUUGACAUCAGGAAACGUUCUGAAUUCAAUGUUAACUGCAUUUAUAAAAUUUUUGAAAAAGCAAUUCUACGCCAGCGUAUUUCCUAAGAAACGAGAGUUAAUUCACGACAUCUCUUUAAACUGAUUACUGGGUUAAAAUGUACAAAGGAAGACUACCUAUUUAGCCAAAAGGUUUGAACCGAGUUUGAGGUUUAUAAAUUUCAAAUUGAAUAUAUCAUUUAUAUUUAUUAUACACCUUCGUUUCACCAGGAACCAGUGUAAUCAAGAGCCUACCGGAAUUUACUUCAAGUAAGUUGACUCUGCAACUGGCAUGAGCUUCUACGUUCCACUUUUUCGCACCUUACCGUUAGUUAAAUAACUUGUCCUUAGUUACUUAACUGUAGAACCAAUAUUGAACAAAAACAUGUUAUCGCAAAAUUUUUAAGACUCUGUUAGCGCUGAUAUUGCCCAUUUUAAUUCUCCAGCUUCUCUUUAAAACAAAACUCUGCAAAAUAAAUAACUUCUAACUGCUAGCUUUUUCAUGUAGGUCGCAGGGGGCAGUACCAGGUGACUAAAGAAGCUGAUGUCAACUCAAUAUUUGAAGGAAUGGACCUCAGCAUGUUCGACAAAAGAAACAGCAAAAGAUGGCGCUUCUAG